UGUACUAUUUUUUUUUUUAUUGAAUGUAGGGUUUAAAUCAAUUGCACCUAAUAGCAUUCUAUUUUUACAUGUCGCAUAGCAUCCCAACUUGGUUGUAUAUUGUUAAGUUGUCUUAAAGACUUGUUUGUUUAAAGUAAAGUUUUCUUAGUUGCUAUGACUCAAGAAUGAUAACUGUAUUUGGUGCUUGAUGAAUGUCUCAGUGCAAAGAAACUUUGCCAGUGUAUUCCAUUUUACCCACCAAUAGAAUACAUUAUGGAUUCUUGCCGCUUGGAGAUGCUCUUGGUCCACCAGCAAGCAUGAGGAUUACUAUUAGGCAAUCCCCUCUUUCUAUUACUGCUGCCCAGACUGGCGGCCACACAGACACACACACAGCCUCACACCACAGCUGGCUGGCUGCCAAACAGGCAGGACUCUCACAAGAGGUGGAGUGGACUCUCCUGCCAACCCCGAGGAGGAAGAGGCUGAUGUAGUGUGCCUGUAAUGGGCCCCAACCCCCCUCCACCCUCACAAUGAGUACCCUGUGGCAGUCCAGCUCCCUCCACAUCACAUGACAUGGGAUGGAACACACAAUCAUUGACCUCAAAGCUCCAUAGAGUAUAAAGGUGGGAGUGAGGAUGAUGGGAAUAUAACAGCUGUCAGAGGGUUGUGAUUGGCUAACUGACAGCUGGACUGUUGUCACUGCUCUCACCUUGGCAUUAUCCCACCCCACCACCACCUAAUAUGGCAGAUACACUGGACAUGUCUGGCCCUUCCUCCCCGGAGCAGCAGAGAGCCAAUAGGAUCCCCAGUGAGCCUUUAAGACGAAGCCUGAAGCGCUCUCACCCCUGCUCUCUCUCCGAGUAUCUCACCAACACUAACAGACUAGCCCACCACCAUGGUGGUUCCAGCAGCAUGGGUAUCAGGAGCCUCCUCCACCCCAAUGUUGCCCAGCACAGGCCCACCCAGCCCAGGCAGAACAAGCCUCGUCGAGCCCCCUCCUCCAACAUAGACCUCUGGGACUCACCCAGUGGGCUUCACCUGGCCCAUGCUGCAGAGCUGCUGAUGAGGGCGGGGGCCUUGACACUGACCCCCACGCCCAGGGACCAGGGCCCUCUAGGUGGGCUGGGGGCCCGGGAAGCUGUGGGGGACGGGGAGGAGAUUGAGGGUGGGUCUGGAGUUGAAGGGGACAGCAUGGGUUGUGUGACAGACUUCCUUCCCCUGUUAGGCUGCUCCUGGUUUCCCUUGAACCCAGGCCUGUUUGCUCUGACAGCGGGAGGAGGGGGGUUCCUGACCGGGGGAGGUGGAGGGUCAGUGAGGAUGGCUGGGGUUGGGGAAGGGGUGGGAGGGUUGCGAGGCGAAAGCUCAUCCCCUGGUGGCGGAGCCGGGAGGAGGAAAAGGAAGCGGUGCGGAGAGUGUGUUCCAUGUCGACGGACAGGGAACUGCGAAGAGUGUAGCGCCUGCCGCAACCGCAAGACUGGACACCAGAUCUGCAAGUACAGGAAGUGUGAGCAGCUGAAAAAGAAGGCAGCUGCAGGGUUUGAGAAGAUGAUGUUGCCAUCAGGAGCAGCAUUUCCAUGGCUGCAAUAGCAUUCCACCUCUCUUCCAAAGACCUGCCAAUCAAAUCAGCAGACUCCGCCCAUUUGGAAGGUGAUCAUGGGCAUUGGCACUCCGGACAUACAAAGAGUCAAUUAAGAUUAGUUGGAUUGGCUUGGCGAAUACAGUUCCUUUGACAAUCAAAAACAUGAAGAAGAAAAAGCGGUCAUUCUAAUGGAUUGAAAUACUCUUGAGCCAACAUGACCCACCUCAUGAAACAGAGUAUUGUAUAUGAAAAUGUAAUUCCUUUUUAUAACAAUGUCAACAAAGCAUCAGACUUGGACAUUUCCCUAGAAGUCAAACCUUUGGCGAUAGACAGUUGCCCUGCUUUCCCUAUAUUUUAAGGGACAGACAUGAUAUGAUGUUUAUGUUUGUUUUAAUACCAGUAUUCAUGUAAAGGUGAUGUCUAUAAAGUAGAAGUAUUUAAAUCGUUAGUGUAUAGUAGUUCUUACACCUCAAAUGUCUGCCUUUCGAAUAAAGAAAACUGCCUGUGUA